AUGAAUGGAAAUGAUCAGGAGGACAUUCAAGUCCCAAUAGUUGUAACCAAAGAUCAAUUAAAUAGAAUGGAAGAUAGAAUUUUAUAUCGUCAAGUUAAAUCAGUUAAAGCUGGACAAAUUGAAAGAUUCAAAAUAAAUUUCACACCUCAAUUGAAAGAUGAUGAAAUAAUGAUACCUCCUACAUUAUGGCUUAAGAUCAAGAAUGUAGAACCACUCUCAAAGCGGGCAAUUUAUCUCGCUGGUCCUUAUAUUUUAUAUGUUGAUUGUCGACUGCUGGAUUAUAAUCAAAAUGAUAAAUGUUUUAUAACUGCAGAUCAACCAGUUUAUGAACCUCAAUUAUUAGCAGGUCAAUCAUUUUAUGUUCAAUUAUCAUGCCAUACUCUAAAAGAAGAUUAUUGGUGGACUGUUGAUGUCAUCUCCCAAAUCAUAUUUAAUAAUGCUAUUUCAAUUGAUUUUGAAAUAAUGAUAGGUACUUCAAAACAAAUAUUACAUGAAUCUUCAUUCCCGGAAAGAAGUAUUAAGAAUUCAGAUAAAAUUGGUGUUUUCAAUCCGUUAAUUCAUGUUGAUAAUUGGGAUACAUAUGAUCUUUGGAAUUUACCUGUUCCCGACCCCGAUAAACCUAUCCAUUUAGUCAUUCUAACCCAUGGGCUUCAUUCAAAUACAAGUGCAGAUAUGUUAUAUUUAAAGGAACAAGUUGAUGCCGUUUCUUCGAAAGAUUCUAAUGUCGUUGUUAAAGGGUUCUUCGGCAACACCGGAAAGACAGAACGAGGUAUCAAAUACUUGGGAAGUAGAGUUGCCGAAUAUAUAAUCGAAUUAGUCAGUGAGAAUGAAACAUUUAAUAAUGGGAAAGUUGAUCGAAUUUCAUUUAUUGGUCAUUCCUUAGGUGGUUGUAUUCAAACAUUUACAAUUGCAUAUUUAAAAGUUAAUUUCCCUUGGUUUUUUGAUAAAAUAAAGCCCGAGAAUUUUAUUACUCUAGCAUCACCUUUAUUAGGAGUAGUGAAUGAAAAUCCUGUACUUGUAAAGCUUGCAUUACUGGCUGGUGUUGUCGGAAAAACAGGACAAGAAUUGGGAUUAAAAAUUAUUGAAAAUGAUUCAAGACCAUUAUUGUUAUUAUUACCCUCUGGUCCAACUCAUAUGGUAUUAAAACAAUUCAAAAGAAGAACUUUAUAUGCAAAUGCCAUAAAUGACGGAAUUGUUCCGUUAAGAACUUCAUGUUUAUUAUAUCUUGAUUAUAAGGCAUUGUCUCAGAUUAUGAAUACUGUGGAUGUUUGUGGACCAAAUGGUAUAACAACAAGAGUUCCAAAAGUUAAUGAAGUUCUGCCGGUUCAAACAUUUCUCUCUUAUUUAAUGCCUCAAAAACAAAAACCAUCGGAAGGAACAUAUCAUAGGUUUCAAACUAAGAAAGGUGAAGGAGUGGAAGACGAAGAUGGGCAAGGAGAAUCAGUCGAAGAGAAGGAUUUUACUAUUGAUGAGAUCCCUAAUUCAACAUUUUUUGAGGCAGCCCCGGCAUUACUUCUACCACCCUUACCACCAAUCAAAUAUAUUGUCGAUCCAGGUUCUAGAGAGAAUGUUAUCUUACAUGAUAAAAUGUAUUAUGAAAAAGAUUUACCUCCAAGAAGACAAAAGAAUCCCAACGAACCGCCCACCUCAUUGCUCCAAAAUACCAACAAUACGGGGAUUGACGAUAGUUAUUCAACCACCAUCAAGAAGAAAUUAAUGUUGGAGACAGUAGAUUAUGCUGCAUUUGAAGAAGAGAUUGCUAGAGAAUAUCAUAAGAAAAUGUCAUGGAGAAAAGUAGUUGUUAAAUUAAAGCCAGAAGCUCAUAAUAAUAUAAUAGUUAGAAGAAGGUUUGCUAAUGCUUAUGGAUGGCCAGUGAUUCAACAUUUGGUGGAUAAUCAUUUUGGGCCAAAUGCAGAAAUUGAUCAAAAAAAAUCAAUAGAAAGUGCAGAUAUACCUGCUGACUCAUUAGAUCAAGAUUUAGGGUUAUCAAAAGUUGCUUCUCGUGAUUAUAUAGCUAAACAAAAUAUAGAAAUUGAAGAAACAAUAACUGAAGAACAUUCUUGGAUCAAUUCGAAAGAUGAUAGUGAUUCAUUGUUUGCUCUUGGUGUUACGGGUUUAUUAGGAGAAGUUACGGAAAGAGUUGGAGAUAUUAGAGAUCAAAUAAAUACUUAUGGAUUAACACAAGUGAAUUUCCCAUUAAUUGGGCUAAUUCGACUGCCAAUAGAAAUUGUUCCUCCUACAAAUUAUCAACAACAACAACAACAUUUGGAGCCAGUUGUAGAGGAAGAAUGUGAUUUGGGAUUAACAAAACUGGGUAUUAUGGGCAAUUUUAUAUAG